AUGAGUACUUCAAAAUCAAACUCUGCGAAUACUUCAGCCACUGCAUCUGAAAAGUCAAAUUCCACAUCUGACGCCAACAGUGAUAAUUUCAUGACUAAUGAGGUAAAUAAAGGAAACUCGGAGAUUAUUGAUGUGCUCGUUGCUGGAGCUGGAAUCGGUGGUCUCAUCACUGCUUUAUGUUUGCACCGUGCAGGUUUCACCGUUCGUGUUUACGAGCAAGCUCAUAUACUAAAGCCAAUUGGUUUUGCUAUGAAUCUCCAGCCAUAUUGCGUGAAAUUGCUGUACGAGCUCGGACUCAAAGAUGAGCUGGAUAAAAUUGGUAUUCGUACAAGCACGGCUGCUUACUACUCACGUAAUGGACAAUUCAUUUAUAAAGAGUCGAGAGGUAUCGAUGCGGGAUAUGGCUGGCCUCAGUACUCAAUACACCACGGCUAUCUUCAAGAACUUUUAGUUCGUCACAUGCAUGAUGAGGUGGGUAAAUCUUCUAUUCAGUUGAGCCAGAAGGUAGUGGCAUUUCGGAUGCAACAGAACCAUGUUGAAGUUGAUUUCGUUAAUCCUGACACAGAUCAACUAACUACCGCAUUGGCUAAAGUGCUCGUGGGUGCUGAUGGAAUUAAAUCGGCUGUACGAAAGAUUCUCUAUCCUACCGAGAGUCCUCCACUUUGGAAUGGCUGCAGUUUGUGGCGCGGUUUGACACAAAUGGACAAAACCUUCUUUGAUGGACGAACUAUGAUUUAUUUGGGUAAUCCAAACGAGCGCUUCAUUGCCUUUUAUCCCAUAGGCAAUAAUCUCAUUAAUUGGGUUUGCGUCAUUCAGACUGAAGAGCCAGGACGACGAGUUCCACCCGAGAUGCCUGACUGUGACACUAUGGGUCAUAUCCAAAAUCUUUUACCGUUAAUAUCGGACAUGAAAUUGGAUUUUCUCGACGUCCAUCACCUUAUCAGUUCGUCACUUAUUGUUCGUUGUUACCCAGUGACUGAUCGUGAUACUCUAGUCCAAUGGACACAUGAUCGUGUGACCCUUCUCGGUGAUGCUGCUCAUCCAAUGUACCCAUAUGGAAGUAACGGAGCUUCACAAGCGAUUGUCGAUGCUCGUGCACUCACUCUGUCGUUUCGUGAGCAUGGUGUCACUCCGCAAAGCCUCAAAGCCUACGAUAAUCUUAGACGCGAAGUCUCAAAUAAUUUUGUUCUAUCUGCUAGAGAACACAGUUCUUUGAAUAUUUUGCAAAUUAUUGACGAGCAUUCACCAUCUAGUUUUUGGCGCCUAUCAGAUAUCAUAUCUGAAUCAGAAGUCGACGCUGAACUGUCGAAACACAAACAGGCAUGCGACUGGAAUGCACAACAGCUUAAACAAGAGCCUCCUUUAUUUUAA